UUCUGUAGGAGCAAGGAGAGAUGUUGACAUUUCUGUAAUGCGCGUGCAAAUGGUGCAAACGUGUCCCCAGUUGUCCCAGUGAGGAGUGACUGAGCCCCACUGUCUGGCUGGCUUUCUUUGUGUGACUGCGCUCCGCAGCCUGAUCGUCUUGCAGCAACUCGCCUGGGUUUUUUGGAAAUACAAUAAAGUGAAGCUAUGGCUGAAGGAAGCUGCGGAUGCUCCCUUGGACUGGCAUUGGGACUUGUUAUGCUCAUCAUCGGUCCCUGCCUUUCAGCAGAGCUGGUGUUGACAGUGGAGCCUAAUGAUGAGGUGGCAGUGACUGGUCAACCCUUGACCCUACUGUGCUCUGCAGACGGUAUCCAGCCUAUCCUCAUCAGCUGGAGGAAGAAUGGCGCACCCCUUUCGAUUGGGGAGCACACUUUUGUGCUUCCUAAUGGCUCCCUUUACCUUCCACUCUUCUGUCCUACCAUAGACGAUGGCGAGUACGACUGUGUAGCCCAGAAUCGUUUUGGGUCAGUGGUAAGCCGCAAGGCGAGAGUGCAAGCAUCAGCAAUAUCUGAUUUCCACAUCUUCCCACAAGAUGCCACACUGGAGGAAAGUGGCGUGGCCAGAUUUCAGUGUCAGAUCCAAGGUUUGCCAGAGCCAGAUAUUGUAUGGGAGCGAGAUGGAGAAAUUAUUGAUACUCAGGAUCCCAGAUACACCUUGCUGCCCACCGGUGUGUUACAGAUAACCGCACUACGUGCUGAAGAUGCUGGCACAUAUCGUUGUGUGGGCACAAACUUGGCAGGUGUUAAAUACAGCCCUGCUGGCUCUCUGACUGUCACAGGUCCGCAUUACACUGGUUACAAGGACCCAAUCAUUCUAGUCGGCCCUGAGAACCUCACUAAGACAAUUCACCAGACAGCCAUACUGGAGUGCAUGGCCACUGGUAACCCACGCCCCAUCGUAUCGUGGAGUCGACUUGAUGGCCGUCCAAUUGGUGUGGAAGGGAUCCAGGUUCUUGGGACAGGUAACCUGGUGAUUUCAGAUUUGACUGUCCAUCACUCAGGUGUCUAUGUUUGUGCUGCCAAUAAACCCGGAACACGAGUGCGCCGGACUGCACAGGGGAGACUGGUGGUGCAAGCUCCAGCUGAAUUUGUCCAACACCCACAGUCAAUAUCACGGCCAGUUGGCACCACUGCCAUCUUCACAUGUCUGGCGCAGGGUGAGCCACCUCCUCAAAUCACUUGGCUGAAGAAUGGGCAGGAGCUGGAGCUCAGUGGACACAUCACGCUAAAGAAUAACAACAGCUCACUGACCAUAUCUGGUAUCAGCCAGGAGGAUGAAGCCAUAUACCAGUGCAUAGCCCAGAACAGCGCAGGGUCGAGCCAGGCCAGUGCUCGUCUCUCUGUUCUUUGGGCAGAAGGCCUGCCAGGCCCACCACAGAAUAUCAGAGCAGCUACUGUAUCAUCCACCUCCAUUCAGGUGUCCUGGAGUGAGCCACUGGAGAAUACACAAGAGAUUAUUGGAUAUGUGGUGCACAUCCGGAAAAUGGCAGAUCCUGCCCAAAUGGAAUAUCAGGAGGCUGUGAGCAAGGACACCUUUCUGCAGGUGGUCACAGACCUGGAACCCUCAGCCACUUACAUUUUCUACAUUAAGGCAUAUACUUCUCGAGGAGCCAGCAAAGCAUCAGCUACUGUAGUGCAAGGCACAUUUGGUGAAGUGCCGGCUGUCCCAUCCCUUUACAUCAAGGUCCUGAACAGCACGGCCAUCCAAGCUGCAUGGGAACCAUCCAUCAAACUGGGUCAGAACGAGGGCUUCAAGCUUUAUUACCGCAAAGUAUCACUUCCACACUACACCGGACCCAUGCUACUCCCCAGCAAUGUCACCUCUUACAAUAUCUGCAAACUAGAUCCCAUGGUGGUGUAUGAGGUGAAGCUCCUGGCAUAUAAUCAGCACGGGGAUGGGAAUUCCACUGUACGCUUUGUAUCCCUGAAAGAGGCAUCUGCCCGGCCAGUGCUGAACCCAUCCUGUAACUGUGUGAGUGAUGAUCAGAGGUCUAAAUCCUCCACUACUGGCAUUAUCAUUGGGAUCCACAUCGGGGUGACCUGUAUCAUCUUCUGCGUGCUCUUCCUCAUUUUCGGGUACCGUGGGAGACUCAUGAAGUGUAAAACAAUGCAGGACCAGCACUCUGCGCCACAAAAUCCCAGCACUGGUUUUGGAAGAGGUCCUGAUACAGCAGGUCAUAACGGUGGCAUACUGACAGAUGGGGAGGCAGCAAGAACAAAGGCAAAAGUGUAUGACCUCAAUGAAAUGGAGCAACUCUUUCAUCGACCACCACACGAAGAAGAAAGCGUCUUAUGUCAUGGUGAACCCGCCACCUGUUUGGAUGAAACACUGGUUUCCACCAUUACUCCUGAUGAACUCAGCUUUGCUGAAGAAGACCCUCCGGGAUCUCUUAAUGCAAACGUUGCACCCAAAUCAAAGACUGAACCAUCAACCUUCCUCUAAGUCUAAACUGACAGAAUCCUCACAUGCUUCUUCCAGCCCUGGCUGGUGAAGCAUUCUGCACAAUCUCAGGUCUCCAUUGUUUAAAUCCCAUGGUCCCCUGGCAUCAUUUUGAUAGAUUUUUGUACUUUUUGUUUAAAAAUGAGAACUUGGCCCUUAUAGACUGUUAUUAUUGGGAAACAUUUGGCAGCCUUUUGUUUUUGACAGUCACUGCGUGGUUAUUGCCUGCUUUAAGCCAUUUGGCUGCUGGGCUAAUGUACCUUACAUGGGGAUUCACAAAUUCCACACAAUAAUUUAUUCCAUCUCUACAUUUUUCACAACGUUUCUUUCAAUGACUGUCAAGGUUCGCUGAGAUUUCCCAGGGAUGUCUGCUGCUCUCCUAGCCUGGUGGGACUGUGAUUUUAUUUUUUACAUUUUUUCUGUUGAUGGAUAGAGAGUAUGAUAUAAACUGUAACAAGGAGUCUAUACAGAGGUCAUCCUCCAAACCUACCUCAACCGGGAUGAAUGUUUUUCAAGUACAAUUUGUUUCCUAGUCUUAAUUCCUUUGUAUGUGGCCAGUAUAGACACCCUCCCCUACAUUAUAUGGACUUUAUCUGCAUUUUAACUUUUUAAAGGGAGGAGACAGCUGUAAAGAAACACACAUUUGUUGAAAUGACUCAUCUAAUGAGGAAUAAGGACUGGAAAAGUUGAUUGAGUGUCAAAACCAAAAGAAAA